UUCACGGUGUUCUACUAAACAAAAACACCAAUUUGCAGAGGUUUUACUAAUCUUAGCCCUGUGUUUGCCCUAAACCUGUAGAAUAUCUAAGACAAGAUGAACAUGAUGAAUGCUCAGGGGAAGAUGCUGUUCUUUUUCUCUUUGGUCAUCAUCGUUGCUGCGUGUUCGACCGGGGUACUAGCGGGAUGUUGUUGUCCUACAUACUGGUCUGCUUUCGGACAAAACUGCUACAGGUUUUUCGCCUCCAACAAAUCCUGGGAGGACGCAGAAAACUCCUGCCAGUCGUAUAGUGUGCCCUCUCUUGGCAGUGGAGGGACAAUUAUCGACAGUGUUGGGCAUCUUGUCUCUAUUCAUUCUGAGGAAGAACAAAACUUCGUCUCAACAGUUUUCAGAGACAAACGGUUGAAAACUGCACCGACGGCCAUGUGGCUUGGACUACACGAUACAUCAACUGAAGGUGAAUUCGAAUGGACAGACGGGACUCCGAUGGACUUCACCAAGUGGUCACCAGGACAACCAGAUAACUGGAGGACAUUGGAGGAUUGUGGGCAGAUGAGAAGCGAUUAUGGAAACAACUUGUGGAAUGACGCAGGAUGCCAAAACGUGCCCUAUUUCAUUUGCAAACUUCCGGCUAAGUAGAGAUGAAAUGAUAACGACGGUGACAAUAAAAACAUAAAACUUAAUUAAAAAGACGAAAACCUUUCUCUCAUGAAGCAACCACCAGUUCUCUCCAUUAUUCUAAGUACAUGUGUUUUUGUGAAGAGGAUGGUGGUCAAGAAUGAAGCAAAUUAAUACACUGGGUUGCAAAGCUUUCGGCACGUGGCCUUCUUCAGUAUUGAUCAGCUAGAAAUAAACAUGGCAAAUGUUGUUUCAUCAUUACUUUAUAAAAGUUUAAAGACACUGAUAUAAUAUGUAUAUAUAUAUAUAUAUAUAUAUAUAUAUACAUAAAGAGACCAGGUCAAUCGUUCCAUUCCAAACAAAAUAAUGGCAGGUCAAUGCAUGGAUUAUAAAACAAGUAACACGUACCAAUAUAGAAAAUUAUUUAGAGUAACAUAAAUGCAGGAAAAUAAUCAGUUAAAGCUGUUGUUGAUAUCACGUUGAAAAAAAAAACACUUCAUCAAUUUUCCUAAAUUAGAGUUGGAUAUGUAGAUGGAAUUAAUUAAUUAUUGCAUAUAAUUUGAAAUGUAGAAUAAGCAACAGAAAGAAUAUGAUGGUGAAUAACAGCUAAUUAAAGCAAAACCAAAACAAAUGUGAAAAAAUUUAUAUGGUAAUUAUUUAACAAGGAUCAUACCCAACAGAAAUUAAAAAAAGUAAAU